AUGGAAGGUGUUUUGACAGAAACCCAUUUAGCCAAUCUCACAAGAGUAGACUCUUUCAUACUCACAACGUACCCUAACAGGUCUUUGAUUUUUAAUGUGAAUCAGGAUUGGGCUCCUCCUUUCAGGCUUAAAACUCUGGUACUGAUUAAUUGCUUGGUAGGUCUUUAUUUUCCAGUUUGGCUGCAAGUUCAGACCCAUCUUUCCUAUGUUAUACUUUCAAAUGCUGGGAUUUCGGACACCAUAGAAGAAGAAUGGUUUGCCAGGUUAUUUUCUAAUUCCUGGUACGUAGACCUGUCAAACAAUUCCAUCAACGCCAAACUACCGUUGGAAGUUCACUCCGAAAGGUUGGAUGUUGUUGAUUUGAGCAGGAAUCGUUUCGAGGGUUACAACCCUCUUUGGUUGACUAAUGCAACAGAUGUGUAUCUACAGAGAAAUUCAUUUUCAGAUCUGCGGCAGGCUGUCAUCAUCGAUAUCCAAGAUGAAGCGGCUGAAAUUUCUCUCUAUCUUUCGAACAAUAAUCUUAUUGGGUCCAUUCCCAAGUGUUUCCACAAUUUCACCGCCUUGAAAUACGGGAAUGCAACUUUGGACUACGAGUAUUUGUUUGAAGUCCAAGAUAACACCAUUGGUGAGCAAACAAUGCUGGUCGGGACAAAGGGAAGGGAGCUUGAGUAUAGCAAAACUUUUCUGAAGAUGAAGAACAUUGACCUUUCUAGGAACAAACUUACAGGUGAAUUCCCCAUAGGUCUAUGUAACUUGGCCUUUUUGGACACGUCCCAUUCCUCGAAGCCUCUCAUCAUUGACGCUAUUGAAUCACUUGAACUUGUCUUACAACAACUUAUCGGGAAGAAUCCCAACAGGGAAUCAGCUCCAGACGCUCAACGAUUCAUCCAAUUACGAAGGCAAUCCAUUUCUCUGUGGGUUCCCCUUUCAACAAGCUGUCCAGGAGAAACCAUCUCUCCUACCACACCAUAUUCUCGAGAUGGUGAUGAUUCGAAAGACAAGUUGUUUCUCUAUCUUAGCAUUGCUAUGGGAUUCAUUGUGGGAUUUUGGGGUGUUUGUGGUACCUUGGUUUUGAAGGAAUCAUGGUGGCAUGCUUAUUUUCGAUAUGUAGACGAGUUGAAGGAGAAGGUGUUACUUUGGAUUGCAUUAUUUGGAUUGCAUUAG